AGUGCGACGGCGGCGGCGGCGGCGGCAGUGUGGCGGCUGGGGCGGAGGGCGGAGCGGCGGGCGGGCCAGUCCGCGCCCGGCCGCCGAGCGCCCCGCACGCUCAUGCUCCAGGCUCCAUGGUGGAACACGCGCUGGUGGACUGCUCCCAGGCGAGCGGCAUGCAGCCGCUGCCGCCGCACGCCGCGCCGCGCGCGCUGGACGGCGACCAGCUCGCCGACGAGUACGUGCAGAACUUCGAGCUGGACCACCUGGAGGACCACCAGCUGGUGAAGCGCGAGCCGCUGCGGCCCGGCUGGUCCGACCUGGUGGAGGCGCCGGCCUGCGCGCGCGCCUGCCGUGCCUGGCCCGACGCCGGCCCGUACCCGCAGCCGCACGUGGCCAUCGCCGUGGACCCCAGCACGCCGCCAGAGACGCCGCCCGCGCCCGCCGGCGCCGCGCCCGCGCGCUCCCCGUGCCGCGCCGCGCUCGUGGACGACGUGCUGUGGCUGCCGCACAUGCGGGAGCCGCUCGACAUGCGCACCGUGCCCUGCCCGCCCUUCGACGAGUGGGACCGGCGCGAGUGGCGCGACGAGCACGCGGCGCUGCGGCCCGCCAGCGCCUGCUCCGCGCUGUCGCCGCGCCACCACCACCUCGCCUACCCGCCCUCCUCGUGCGGCGACGACCUCAUCAGCGACGACCUGCUCAUGACGCUGAGCGUACGCGAGCUCAACAAGCGGCUGCACGGGUUCCCGCGCGAGGACGUCACGCGCCUCAAGCAGAAGCGGCGCACGCUCAAGAACCGCGGCUACGCGCAGAACUGCCGCAGCAAGCGCCUGCAGCAGCGGCACGAGCUGGAGCUGACCAACCGCUCGCUGCAGGACGAGCUGCACGUGCUGCAGCUGCAGGUGGCGCGCGUGACGCACGAGCGCGACGUGCUGCGGCAGCGGCUGGCGCUGGCGGGGCGCGACCACGCCGUGCCGCUACACGCGCCGCCCACGCCGCACUCCUCGCCGGAGUUCUUCUCGGAGCUGUGACGGCAGGGCGCGGGCGCGCGGCCGCCCGCCGGCGCCGCCUCCUGGCAGCGCUACUGAUGCCGCCGCCGCCGCCGCCGCCGCCUCCGCUGCACCAGCACACCGCAUUGUUAAGUUUGAAUUUAAAAUCAUCAGUUCCAGUUCUAUUAAUAGUUUAAAUAUGGUGGAACAUUAUAGCCGCGGCUAGUGACCGACCGGCUAUCGGACACCGUGUUAAAUGUAUGGUUGUGUCGUAAGAUAUGCAUAGAUUCGUUAAUCAUUAAAAUUUAAUUAUGGAUAAGUUACGAAAAAUCUGACUAAUUAUUACUUAACUAUUCAAGUAAUUUGUAAAUAUACUAACUACUCUUGAUGAAUAUUAUAGGAUUUUUGUUUUCCUAAUAAAAUAUUCUCAAUAUAA